AUGGCUUCUAACACUGACGACAACGCUCUUCUUGCUCCCCGUAACGUCUGGGGAUCCCCCUACUCUCCGAAACGCGCUUUGCUCCUACAUGGGCUUACCUGUUCGCCCCACUGUAUGAUUUACAUCGCUGAGAAGCUCUCUGAACAUGGAUACUACGUCAUUGCUCCUGACCUACCUGGGCAUGGCAUAGGCGCUCGCGUCGAAACAUACACAUGGGACGUCAUGGAUAACGCCGUCGUCGCGCUUUUCACCGAGGCCACUUACAACCUCGUCGUCGGAUUUUCUAUGGGAGGCGUGCUCGCACUUCGCGCCAUCCACAAGCUCCCGCCUGUAUACCACGAGCGUAGUCAACUCACGCGCGUCGUACUCUUGGACCCACCCAUCCGUAACGCAGACGGGCUUUCAUCCGCAUACUACGCACUGUUCAGCGACCUCACUCGGAACCCGCCAAAACCGGAAUUCUUUUUGGAGCAUUUUCCGCGCUGGACACAGAAGGACGCCGUUCUGCAAGUUCUUGCGAGCGAGCUGUGCGACCCACUCGUCGUUGAUCAUCUUCUUCAGCCUCCGCGAGUAUGGGCUCAUCACGAGUAUCUCGCUAACGUACCGUCGUGCAUUGAGCUUAUAUUCCUGUUUGGAGACACCGAGACGGGCGGCAUAUGCUGUAUAAAGGAACUCGAUCCCUACCCACAGUACGAAAGAAGGAUCAUUAAGGGCGCCUCACACUGGAUCCCGUACGAAUUCCCCGGAGAGGUCGUCGAGGCGUGUAUCGCCCCUGAGAAGGAAUCAAGCCAAUCCAAGCAUAAAUCAAGGAACCAGAGAUUAUCUUGGAGCAGCUGGAUUGGGUACCUCACGGAUUGGAGCUCUUUGUAA